UCCCGCACUCACCCCGCACGGCGGAGGCGGGCCGGCUCCGCUCCGCAAAGGACGGGAGGGCUCCUCGGCGCCCUGGAAGUGCAGGCGGGACCGUGCCGGGGCUGCCCGAGACUCGCCGGAGCGCGCUGCCCGCUCGCCGCUGCUGCAGCCGGGGAAGGCUGAGGAGGAGGAGGAGCAGGAGCGGCAGCCGGAGCAGCACAGAAGACAGAGGGACGGAGCGAGGGGCAGCGCUGCCCUCGCACAGCCGCGCUCCCCGGCACCGCCGCCGCGCCCCGGCCAUGGGGAAGCCGACGCCGCCUCUGCAGUGACCGCGGGACGCGGCUCCCGCGCUGCUCCGCCGGCAGAGAGGCUCAGACACCCCCCAAAACCUGAAAGCAAAAAAACCCACAUCUUCCACAUCCACCCCUGAAUAAAGUGAAAUAAAGAGAGGAGAAGGGCCGCGCCGAGCGAUGAGGAGCGGGGGGCGGCUGCCGGCGCUGGCGCCGGUGCUGGCGGCGCUGCUGGGGCUGUGCAGCGCCGAGCGCAGGGCGCUGGUGCUGCCGCGGCGCCUGGGCGCGCCCGGCGCCCGCGAGCGCUUCCGCCUGGAGGCCUUCGGGGAGCGCCUGACGCUGGAGCUGGAGCCCGACAGCAGCUUCCUGGCCCCGGACUUCACCCUGCAGUACCUGGGCGGGCCGCCGCCGCCGCCCGAGGACGACCUCUCCCGCUGCUUCUACUCCGGCACGGUGAACCGGGACCCCGGCUCGGCGGCCGCGCUCAGCCUGUGCGCGGGGCUGCGCGGCGCCUUCUCGCUGCGGGGCCGCCAGUACCUCAUCCAGCCGGCGCCCGGCACCGCGCACCGCCACGGGCCGCACCUCCUGCGCCUCCGCGGCGCCCCGCGGGCCGCCCCCGCCGCCCGCUGCGCCGUGGCCGAGGCGGGGGCCGGCGCGGAGGGGCCGGAGCCCGCCGAGCCCGCAGAAACGAGAAGCAGGAGGAAGAAGAGGUUCGUGUCCAGCCCCCGCUACGUGGAGACCAUGCUGGUGGCCGACCAGUCGAUGGCCGAGUUCCACGGCAGCGGGCUGAAGCACUACCUGCUGACCCUGCUCUCCGUGGCCGCCAAGCUGUACAAGCACCCCAGCAUCCGCAACUCCAUCAGCCUGGUGGUGGUGAAGAUCAUGGUCAUUUACGAGGAGCGCAAGGGCCCGGAUAUCUCCUCCAACGCCGCGCUGACUCUGAGGAACUUCUGCAGCUGGCAGAAGCAGCACAACCCGCCCAGCGACCGGCACGCCGAGCACUACGACACGGCCAUCCUCUUCACCAGGCAGGACCUGUGCGGUGCCAAGACAUGUGAUACUCUUGGGAUGGCUGAUGUGGGAACAGUUUGUGAUCUAAACCGCAGUUGCUCUAUCAUAGAAGACGAUGGUUUGCAGGCUGCCUUCACAACAGCCCACGAAUUAGGCCACGUGUUUAACAUGCCUCAUGACGAUGCAAAGCAGUGUGCUGGCAUCAAUGGAAUGAGCCGGGAUUUCCACAUGAUGGCAUCCAUGCUCUCCAACCUGGACCGCAGCCAGCCCUGGUCUCCAUGCAGUGCCUACAUGAUUACAACAUUUUUGGAUAACGGUCAUGGGGAGUGUUUGUUGGACAAACCCCACAGGCCCAUCCAGCUCCCUUCAGACCUGCCUGGCACGCUGUAUGAUGCCAACAGGCAGUGCCAGUUCACGUUUGGAGAUGAGUCCAAGCACUGCCCCGACACGGCCAGUACGUGCACGACGCUGUGGUGCACCGGCACCUCGGGAGGGCUGCUCGUGUGCCAAACCAAACACUUCCCCUGGGCAGACGGCACCAGCUGCGGGGAAGGGAAGUGGUGCAUGAAUGGCAAGUGUGUGAAUAAGACUGAGAAGAAGCAUUAUGAUACGCCAGUGCAUGGGAGCUGGGGCUCCUGGGGGGCGUGGGGUGAGUGCUCCCGGAGCUGCGGCGGGGGAGUGCAGUAUUCCUUCAGGGAAUGUGACAACCCCGUCCCCAGGAACGGGGGCAAGUACUGCGAAGGGAAGCGGGUGCAGUACAGAUCCUGUAACAUUGAGGACUGCCCUGACAACAAUGGGAAAACGUUCAGGGAAGAACAGUGUGAAAAGCACAAUGAGUUUUCCAAGUCUGCCUUUGGAAGUGGACCUGCAGUGGAGUGGACACCCAAGUUUGCCGGUGUGUCUCCAAAGGACAGAUGCAAGCUGGUUUGCAGAGCCAAAGGAACGGGAUACUUCUUUGUUCUACAGCCAAAGGUGGUGGAUGGCACCCCGUGCAGCCCCGACUCCACGUCUGUGUGCGUGCAGGGCCAGUGCGUCAAGGCCGGCUGCGACCGCACCAUCGGCUCCAACAAGAAGUUCGACAAGUGCGGCAUCUGUGGGGGCAACGGCUCCACCUGCAAGAAGGUGUCCGGCACCCUCGUGAGAGCCAAGCCCGGCUACCACGACGUGGUCACCAUCCCAGCGGGAGCCACCAACAUCGAGGUGAAGCAGCGGAACCACCGGGGCGCGAGGCACGACGGCAGCUUCCUGGCCAUCAAAGCCGCCGACGGCUCCUACGUCCUCAACGGCGACUACACGCUGUCCACGCUGGAGCAGGACAUCACCUACAAGGGCAGCGUGCUGCGCUACAGCGGCUCCUCGGCCGCCCUGGAGCGCAUCCGCAGCUUCAGCCCGCUGAAGGAGCCCCUGACCAUCCAGGUGCUGACGGUGGGCGACCUGCCCCAGCCCAAGAUCAAGUUCACCUACUUCGUCAAGAAGCCGGCGCAGCCCGGCGCCGACAAGGCGGCCGGCAGGAAGAAGGAAUCCUUCAACGCCAUCAAGGAGAUCAUCUCCUCGGAGUGGGUGAUCGAGGAGUGGGGCGAGUGCUCCAAGUCGUGCGGCUCGGGCUGGCAGCGGCGCGCCGUGGAGUGCCGGGACCCGCGGGGCCGGCCGGCCGCCGACUGCGCCCGCGAGCUGAAGCCCAGCAACCUGCGGCCCUGCGCCGACGUGCCCUGCCCGCAGUGGCAGCUGGGGGACUGGUCUCCCUGCUCCAAGACGUGUGGGAAAGGCUUCAAGAAGAGGUUGUUGAAAUGUGUCUCCUCCGACGGCGCCGUGCUGCCCCAAGAAAGCUGUGAGCCCUCCAAGAAACCCAAGCACCUGAUAGACUUCUGCAAUGCCACGGACUGCAGCUAGACAGGACGACUUGGGAAAGCUAAAACCCGUUCGUUUUUUUAUUAUUAUUUUAUUUUUUCCUUCAGACCAGUGCACUGAAAAACACAAAAGAGGGCUAGAGGCAGCGCCUGUGUUUUAGCAUUAAAGAAGUUCAUGGUGAAGAUCCGUGAUGGGACAGUGCAAACAGCUUGAGUUGGCUUUGCAUCCCGAAAAUCCCCUGCCAGCUGAAAAUUGGAUGGGAUAGCAGACCCAUGUCAUUCAUUUCUCUUCAGCAGAUAAGGCCCAAAGGCAUCAGAGUUGCCUUUUUCUAAGUCUGUUACAAAUUAAGCCAAGCGUGAGCAGUGAGACACAUUUCAGCAAACAUUUUGGGGUUUGGUUAUUUCUCCCUUCUUUUGGAUUUAUGUUGUGGUACUGAUCAAAUCCCCACGUGUAGGAAGGGGAGGGAAAAAGAUAGCUUAAAAUAAUUGGUCAGGGCUUACCUACCUCACAAAGGGCAAAAAACAAGAUUGGAAAAGGAGCUUUAACUAUGUCAUUCAUGGCUGCUAUUGUUUCAGAGAAUAGUUUUAUAUAAAAAUAAAGCCAUAUUCUCUACCUGUCAAGAGUAAGAAAUACCAAGAACAAAUAUCAACUCCACAAAUCACUAGAAUUUAUUUUUUUUUAAAGUACCUUUAUGUCAUCCCAAUGUGCCUGUCCACUUCUCUCAGCCACUCCAGUGCCAUUGUGGUGACAUGUGUAAUCCAGAGGCUUGGAAAAGUGGAAAUCUGAGUCUGAGUAAUUGCUCUUUGUGCCUUCUGCAUAACUCCCACUGGCUUUUCUGGUUCCAGCUUGGUCCUACCUUCCUGCCAAACUGAUUCAUGGAGUGUGUGAGCAUUCCAGUCGUGCUUUCACACUCAAACCUUUGGCCUUACCCCAGCCAAUGGAUAUUAUUUGAGUUUAAAAGAAAAAAAAAUCCCGUUAUGAAUGGGAAUGUCCUCUGUGGCCUCUGCUGGGUUUGUAGAGCUCAGUCACUGAUCAGGUGGGAAGGCAAAGCUGAGGGAUAGCAGGUCCAUCCACAGCAAAAUGCCAGCAUUCACAUCAUUGUGCCAGUCCAUAGACCAUGAGAGAAUAUGGCUUUCCAUAUGUAUAUAGUAAAAUAUAUUACUAUAGAUUUUACAUACUUCAUAAGUAUUUUUAUAUUUCUCUCCCUUCUGGGAAGGGUUAUAAUUUGUAAUAAAUGCAUAUAAUGAGCGUAUUUAUUUUUAUACUUCUUGUCUAAUGUGAUCUUCUAAGUUAUCGCUUUUUUAAAAGGACAUAUAACAAGGAUAGAGUAUUUAUACAGUAUAAUAUGUUACUAGAGGUAAUAAAUGAACCCUAUAAAUUUUGGAAAUGGAGUGUCUUUAUUUUCACCAGUCCAUGGAGCAGAAAGAGCUUGGAAUCUGAGGAAAAUAUUAAGCAAAAGGCAACUAAUUACCUGUGUUAGUGAAGACUUUGGAAAACUGUCCAUAAUGUCACACACCACCUUAAAAGAGGUAAUUUUGUAUUUUAUUACUUAACCACUAACUCAGCUGUUUCAGAAGAUGGAGUGCAACUAUACUGAUGCCACUGGUUGUAAUAACAGCUUGCAGAGGGAGCAGCACUGUCAGUCGAGUUUAGAAACAACAAAAUAUGCACAAAAGCAGCAAUUUUACCUCACUUUGGUGGGAAAAGGAGCAGUCAGAAACCAGAACCAUUCAUGAGCAGUCAGCCUUACCAACUCCUGGAGAAUUUCCCUCUCUAAUUUUCUCCUGAUGCUGCUUUUCCAAGAAGGAGCUGUUCUAAUGCUGUUGGUAGCAUGUUUUAUUAUGUUAAGAUGGAUAUUAAACAUCAAAAGCUGAUCUUUGCUCCUUAUACCUGAUCUCAUCACCACUGCAGUCAAGAGAAAAUCUUCUGUUGGGCUCCACUGGAUUUUUGCCAUGGAAUUUGAGACAUCAGUCAUUUCUGGAUACUUUUGGCUUUGUGUCAUGUAAGAAUCUAUUAAAACUUCCUUUGCCAAAGUUUGGACUCUGUCUCUGCAGAAAUAGUUCCUGUUUUAUUCCGUGGAUAAUGUCCUGAAUUUCAGAGAAUUCUCAUCAUGUCACACUUCAUUGGGCAUUGCUUUGACGUGCAGAAAUGCUGGAAUAUUUUACUCCUAACAUUAUUCAGGAGGCAGCCAAUCCCUUUCUGGUUUUAUAAAUAGUUCCUGUGUAAAUACAAGAAGUAACUAUUUAUUUAUAUAUAUGGAUGUAUAUGUGCAUUUAUGUUGUAUUCACCAUCUAGGUUAGAAGAUAAUUGGGAGUUUAAAGAGAAAAAGUUAUCCUGGAGCCUGCCAGACUGAUGAGAUGUGAAAUUGUGGUAAGUGGGCUGGGUAUCUGAGCACUGUAAGUGGUGUAACUAGAAAAUACAGAGCAGCUCUUUUCCUCUGGUGCUGUUCAAACAAUAAUGGGAUUUACUGCUUGAAAUUGUCCUAACAGUAGAUGGGAAAACACCUCAAAACUCAUUCAAAUCAACAUCUCCAAAUAGUGGAGAUGUUUCAGUAUAAAAGUGAGAUUUUGCUUUUAUCAUUUUCUCAUCACAAGUGGGUCAGCAGAUGCAAAGCAGUGUGAUUUGUUGAAUUUUGUAGGACAAAUAGGGAUAUUUUAGACAAACUAUCUUCUUCACCCACUAGCUAAAUUAGGGAAUGGAGAAGAAAAUACUCCUGGAGAAAUUCAGAACAGCAUCUUCAGAGGAAUGACCCGGGCUGCUGAGCAGACAAUCCCUGUGAAAUUGCUGCCACAGCCCGGUGUUAUCCAGCUGGGAAGGCUCCUCAUCCCCUGCAGGGGCAGAGCUGCCUGCCAAGCCCCUUCUGGAGCAGAGAUCAGCCCUGUGGGAUGUGGCCAUGGCCUGCUGAGGCAAAGCAGGUGUAAUUAGGUGAAGUUUUAUCCCUAGCAAAGGUCACCCAAACACAGCAAAGGGAUCUCCUGGCAGGCAGAUCCCACCCUGGACGUGUCCAGGCUACAACAGGAGUGUAGGAGAGCACUUAGCUGGAAUAUUUGUGUUUGGCCCCGUUCUGCACCAGCAGAGCUGUGUGUUACAACAUGUGCAGGCAGAAGGAGAUUGCACCCUCUGGAUGAUCUAUCCCGUGCUCCCUUAGCAAAACAGCUCCAAACAUUCACUCGUGCCCAAUAUUCCCCCUGAGAACACAAAACAUGGACAGAAGGGAAAUCAAAACACAGCACAGUGUUCAAAACACAGUUAUCAGGUUCACCAGUGGUGCUGUGAGCAGGGUGUUUGAACAAUUGGUGCUCCCAAAGCCUGGGGCAGAGGGAUUGUUGUGGAGAUGAAAGCAGCGUUGUUUGGACUCGCAGAUGGGUUUUGCAGCCCACAACAGAGAGGCUUGUGCAAAAGGGAUUUAAUGUUGGGCAAGAGAAGGGCAGUUUCCUACAGCCCCUCUGCCUGGAAGCUGAGCUUGACAGCACCAAUGGCAUAAAGGAUCAUCCUUGGUCCUGUUGCAGCCCAGGACCAGCUGCUGAUGAGAUUCCACACCCCUGGAACAACAUCUGAAUUUAAAUAUUCAGAACCGAAGUUGCUAAAUCUGUCAUCUUUAAUAUAUUGUAUUUUUGUGUCAUGGUGCUGCAAAUCUGAAUUUCUCCUAUCUUAUGACCCUUCACAGAUAUUCCAGUUGGAAAUUUGUAUUUUCUCCAGUAUUAGCCAUAAGAUAUUUUCCCUACAAACACACAAAAAGGAGCUGCAUGUUCCAGGGGAAAAGUCAUAUGGUCGAGAUUAUAAUCAGGCAAGCUAGGAGCAGUGGCCAUUUUAAUUGUACACCAAAUAUAUUUUUUCAAUAUAACUAAGACAAUAUGCCUAUCCCAAACAAUUUAAAUGCCUGCUGCCACUUUGUAUCAUUUCUCAUGUAAAAAACUGGAGGUUAAAUUAGGGAAGAGAAAACAACUGAAAAACAUUUUGAUUAAAAAUUUAUCUGUCAAGCAGCACAAUUUAAGGGAGAAUCUUUUAUAAUUUGUUUUUCUAAUUGAAUACCUAUACCCAUCCUGGCUCAGGACAGCACUGGUUAAACCUGAGACCAAAGGAAAAUUUGCCUCCUUGUGUUCAAUCUGAGUCUUAAUUACAUGUUGAAUUAACCCCAGAGGUCAAACUUUGGUGAGAACAUUUUGAUAGAGAUGAAACUGUGUGAGGAAAAGGGAAGAGAGAGGGAGAAGACAAAGAGGAAAAGAGGACUUUUGUGGAAUUUUGAACUGUGGAAACUUUUGAAACAGAUGUUGGAGAUUAGAUUUCAGAAUGAGGCCUGGGCAGAUUUAGAAGUGAAUUAAAUGCAGUGUAAAGCCCAUCUCCUUUUUCUCUCCCAGUGAACCAGCACACACAUUAGGGGAUAUGCUAAAAUAAUGAACACUGGUGUUUUCCAUUUCUCAUUAUCCUCCUGCUGGAACAAAUGCAAAGCAUAACAUGGAAGCAUAGAGGGGCUCAGCUGCCUUUGAUGAAUAAAAAAAAAAAUUUAAAAGCCUC